GGGAGGAAAGACGUGGAGCGGGUGCUGCAGGACCCUGGGCUUUGCGCAGCUGAUGCUCGUCUCCAGCUUCCGGAGGCACAGCCUGUGGUCCUACGGAGCGUCCCGGUGCUUGCACACCUAGCUGAGACCGUGGUUGGUCCUCUCCGGCUAGUUUGAAGUCUCUGCGGCUCGAGGCUCUUGCGGUGGGGGAAAGGAGAGGCCGGUGUGGAGCUCUCGGAAGGUUGGGGCUGACUCUUCUAGAGUCCCCGACUCCCCUGUGAUUGCACUUGGAAACUUUCCGCCGUGUUUCAGUCUCUGUCUCUCUUGGGGAAGCUGGACGGCAGUUCGGCAGGCCAGGUCCCCGGCCAGGACCGCGCACUAGGGGCCAUGGAGUUCACGGCGUCGCCCAAGCCCCAGCUUUCCUCCAGGGCCAACGCCUUCUCCAUCGCCGCGCUGAUGUCGAGCGGCGGCUCCAAAGAGAAGGAAGCUACGGAGAACACUAUCAAACCACUGGAACAAUUUGUUGAGAAGUCGUCCUGCGCGCAGCCCCUGGGCGAGCUGACCAGCCUAGAUGCUCACGGGGAGUUUGGUGGCAGCGUCGCGGGGAACAGCAGCCCAUCCUCCUCCUCUCUGUGCACUGAGCCGCUGAUCCCCACCACCCCCAUCAUCCCCAGUGAGGAAAUGGCCAAAAUUGCCUGCAGCCUGGAGACCAAGGAGCUCUGGGACAAAUUCCACGAGCUGGGCACGGAGAUGAUCAUCACCAAGUCUGGCAGGAGGAUGUUUCCUACCAUCCGUGUGUCCUUUUCCGGCGUGGAUUCUGAGGCCAAGUACAUAGUCCUGAUGGACAUCGUCCCUGUGGACAACAAGAGGUACCGCUAUGCCUACCACCGGUCCUCCUGGCUGGUGGCUGGCAAGGCGGACCCUCCGCUGCCAGCCAGGCUGUAUGUACAUCCAGACUCUCCUUUUACUGGUGAGCAGCUACUUAAACAGAUGGUGUCUUUUGAAAAGGUGAAACUCACCAACAAUGAACUGGAUCAACAUGGCCAUAUAAUUUUGAACUCAAUGCAUAAGUACCAGCCACGGGUGCACAUCAUUAAGAAGAAAGACCACACAGCCUCAUUACUCAAUCUGAAGUCUGAAGAAUUCAGAACAUUCAUCUUUCCAGAAACAGUUUUUACGGCGGUCACUGCCUACCAGAAUCAACUGAUAACCAAGCUGAAAAUAGAUAGUAACCCUUUUGCCAAAGGAUUCCGGGACUCCUCCAGGCUCACUGACAUUGAGAGGGAAAGUGUGGAGAGCCUGAUUCAAAAGCAUUCCUAUGCCCGCUCACCCAUCCGUACCUAUGGAGGAGAAGAGGAUGUGCUGGGGGAUGAGGUUCAGACAACACAAAAUAGAGGAUCAGCCUUUACAACAUCUGAUAAUUUGUCUCUCAGUUCCUGGGUAUCAUCUUCAUCCAGUUUUCCUGGAUUUCAGCAUCCACAGUCCCUGACUGCUCUUGGCACCAGCACAGCAUCCAUAGCGACACCCAUUCCUCACCCUAUACAGGGCUCUCUGCCACCAUAUAGCCGACUUGGGAUGCCCCUAACCCCAUCGGCCAUUGCCAGCUCCAUGCAAGGGAGUGGCCCGACAUUCCCCUCAUUCCACAUGCCCCGGUAUCAUCACUACUUUCAGCAGGGGCCCUAUGCUGCUAUCCAAGGACUGCGCCAUUCCUCUGCUGUGAUGACGCCAUUUGUAUGACUCUUCUAAAAAUAGGAGAAUCCAGAUCCAGAAUGUGCAAAUGGGUAUGGAAAUAUAAGACAGGGUUGGGUGGGUGGGAUGUGGGGUGUUGGAGCCGGGGCUCUCCAGGAGACGUGGGACCUAUUAAAGAGGAGAGCUGGACUCACAAUAAAACCUACCACUGAGGGAAAGCACCAUGGACCAGGAUUCAUCUGUAG